AUUUGUGUCAGUUCAUGCCCCACCACAUAUUGGUCGUAUGUUGAGACUGUAGCCAAAGAGGUUGGGGCUGGAAAUACAAUUCUCAGUUCAGAGCGGAGCAAGAUGAUCUGCAAAUACACUGUGGACCCCCAAUCUUCCGCGCUACUUACUACAGUUACGACGAAUACUACACGCUCAAACAACUCAACGCCACGGAGGAAUAUGGUCUUUCUCAAGCAUUUGCCCUCAACUUCAGCUACUACCUCAGUUUGAAAAAAACUUGGCUGGCUUUUGCUUUGUCGCUUCUAUGGGGGAUUCCGAGUUCUACAGUAACACGACCAACACCACCACUAACAACAUCAACUACUAUCUCAACCGGCUCCCUUGCACGCCAGACAAUUCUACUGUGGGAUCCCUGUGUGACUUCGUCAAGUACGGAGGAGAUGAGUACAUCAUCCCCAUGCAGCUUUUCAUGUUGUUUAUGAUGCUCUGGGUGAUCAACUUUAUAGUGGCCUUGGGACAAAUGACCUUGGCCGGCGCAUUUGGCUCCUACUACUGGGCCUGGGAGAAACCUAAAGAUGUCCCGGCAUUCCCAUUGGCUGGGGCAGUGUACCGCUCUCUCAGGUUCCACCUUGGCUCGUUGGCGUUCGGCGCUUUCAUCAUAGCUGUCGUCCAGUUCAUCCGAAUCAUGUUGGAGUACAUUGAAUACAAGCUCAAAGACUCGGAGAACAGGGUGGCCAAGAUUAUUCUCAAAAUUCUCAAGUGCUGCUUCUGGUGUUUGGAGAAAUUCCUCAAGUUCCUCAACAAAAAUGCUUACAUUAUGAUUGCAAUUCGAGGGAAGAAUUUCUGCUUCUCCGCUAAAGACGCCUUCAUGCUAAUAAUGAGAAAUAUUGUUAGUUGUGUUGUCGUUCUUCUGGUUCAAAGGCAGCGUUACAUACUUUGAUGAGUAUGUCAGUCGCCCGGAACUCAACUACUACUUAACACCCGUCAUUAUCCUGACACUGGCGACCUACCUCCUAGCCUCCGCCUUCUUCAGCGUGUACAGUAUGGCGGUGGACACCCUGUUCCUGUGUUUCUUGGAAGAUCUUGAGAUGAACGACGGGUCAGUGCAGAAGCCGUACUUCAUGAGCAAGGGUCUGAUGAAGGUUCUGGGCAAGAAGAAUGACAAGAUGGUGGACCCCAAGAACUCGGAGCCCAAUGGCGCCAAAGGCAAGAAAGCCUCCGCCAAGGUCACGCCUGACAAGAAAGGACGCCCCUUGCCAGAACCAGAAGGGAAGGGGAAGAAAGGGAAAUGGUCUUAAGAUAAUGAGCGUGGCACCACAACUUUGGGAACGGAAGACUUGUUUUGUGGAUUCUUUUACACUGGGAUGAUAUAAACUGUUAUGACAGCAUAAUAAGAUGAAGUCAAGAUGAUGUUUCCUUUUUUGCAUUUAAUAUACUGAGGAAAAUGCAAAUAGAUCAGAUGAAAUGUACGCUCCUCAACGAUAAAUAGUUCUUGUUUAACAUGAAAUGAUACGUGAGACUUAGUUCGAUGCUCAUAAAAAGG